AUGGAGCCGCUGCGCAACGGCGGCGGCGCGGAGGACAAGGCCCGGAGGCGGGGGGCGGACGCCGGGCCCCCGAGGCGCUGGAGCGGCGGCGGCGGCGGCGGAGGCGCGGCGGGCGCUGACAGCUCCGCGGCGGCGGCGGCGGCCGGGCCUAGCGGGAGGCAGCGGCGGGACUCGGUCCGCAAGAACCGGCCGCUCUUUCCUUGGUUUGGCCUGGACAUCGGAGGCACCUUGGUCAAACUGGUGUAUUUUGAACCGAAGGACAUCACCGCCGAGGAGGAGAAGGAAGAAGUGGAAAAUCUCAAAAGCAUCCGAAAGUACCUGACCUCCAACGUCGCCUACGGAUCCACAGGCAUUCGGGAUGUGCACCUAGAGCUAAAGGACCUUACCCUGUGUGGACGUAAAGGCAAUCUGCACUUUAUACGCUUUCCUACUCAUGACAUGCCUGCUUUUAUUCAAAUGGGAAGCGAAAAGCACUUCUCGAGCCUCCAUACUACCUUAUGUGCCACGGGAGGUGGAGCGUACAAAUUUGAGCAGGACUUUCGCACAAUGGGUGACCUUCAGCUCCGCAAGCUCGAUGAACUCGACUGCCUCAUUAAAGGAGUUCUGUACAUCGACUCGGUCGGGUUCAACGGCCGCUCGGAGUGCUACUACUUCGAAAACCCGACCGACGCUGAGCGGUGCCAGAAGCUCCCGUUCAACCUGGAGAACCCCUAUCCUCUCCUCCUGGUGAACAUCGGCUCAGGGGUCAGCAUUUUGGCCGUCUACUCAAAAGAGAACUACAAACGGGUAACGGGCACCAGUCUCGGAGGGGGAACCUUUUUCGGUCUCUGCUGCCUUCUCACCGGUUGCUCCACCUUCGAAGAAGCCCUGGAGAUGGCGUCCCACGGGGACAGCACCAAAGUGGACAAACUGGUGCGGGACAUCUACGGCGGAGACUACGAGCGCUUUGGAUUGCCGGGCUGGGCCGUGGCGUCCAGUUUUGGGAACAUGAUGAGCAAGGAGAAGCGGGAAUCUGUCAGCAAGGAGGACCUCGCGAAGGCCACCCUGAUAACCAUCACUAACAACAUCGGCUCCAUCGCACGGAUGUGCGCCCUCAAUGAGAACAUCAAUCGAGUGGUUUUUGUUGGCAACUUCCUGCGGAUCAAUACGAUCUCCAUGAGGCUUCUGGCGUACGCCUUGGACUACUGGUCGAAGGGACAGCUAAAAGCUCUCUUCUUGGAACACGAGGGUUAUUUUGGUGCCGUCGGUGCUCUUCUGGAACUCCUGGAUUCAGCCUGACGCCGUGCAGCCUCCGGACGUUGGCCCUACGAAGUCGGGGCGCUCCCUGGGUCUCGAUGCCCACGUUCAGCUUCAAAGCAGGCGUUCGGUGACUCGUUAAGCUGGCUGCGUGAUCCUGUCAGAGGGGGAAAGGACUGCUGCCUGCCUUCUUGCAAACAGUUCUCGUUACGCUAUCAACCCUGCGUACAGGGGCGGGCCCAUCAGCACAGCCCUGGCGUGUAAAAGCCGUGAGGACCACUCCUGUCCCCUCCGGACCACGCAGCGGCCUGUCUGUCAGCAGGGCUUCUUUCUGCUAGCGCAGGUUCUUACCUUUGUGUAGGGAUUAUUAGAGCCGGAAGGGAAGGCGAAAAUCCCGUGCCCUGGGUACCUGAAUGUGCUGAGGGCGGUUCCGCUUGCAGCCUGUGACACUUUGUGCAGACCGCAGCCCCCUGGGGACACGUCGUAGCGGCGGCAUCGCGUCAGGAGCGUCUGUCAGCCUGUGACCUUGAGGUGUGCUAAAAGCAAAUGUGAAGGUGAAGUAGGUUUCUUUUUCCUUUCCUGCCUCCGUUGUAAGACUUGGCUGCAUAUAACUAUACCAAAGAUUACUUUUCUUUCGGCCA